UACGGAAACCAAGCUGAAGAUUUCAGUUGUCAAUGACACUUACACAACAGCGGUUUGUUACGGUAUCAAGAUGGACAGACGUCAAACUCUCGCCCUGUUUCUCUUAUGUGGAAUCCUUCUUCUGUGUGAUGUGCACUGUAAACCAAGCCGACGUGUCACAGGCGAAGCACUCCAGCCUUUCCUGGCUAGAGCUUGUAACCGGGUGAGUCUUGGUGUCUACGAAGAAGUCGCUACCAGCAACAACAACGUCGUCUUCUCUCCACUCAGCCUCUGCACUCUCCUCGCUGUGUGUGUAAGAAGCGCGUCGGACAAGACUCUCAACGAACUCAGAAAGAGCUUGUUUCUGGAGCUAGUCGACAAGCGGGAGAUGUUAUCAGUAUAUGGAGCUGUAUAUCGUGGUUUCGUGGACGACCCAAACGUCAACAUCUCUACCACAAACAUCAUGUUCGUCAACAAGAAUUUCCAACUGGUCGACAAGGCAGCUGAAGAUUAUCAACAGACGUUUAAUGGAACAUUUAAGGAAUUUGACCCCCAGAGGAAGUCUGAAGUAUCCACAAGCAUCAACAACAUGGUGUCGUCUGCUACCAAUGGAAUGCUGAAGGGGAAGCUGACAGCAGACGACAUCACCUCUGACCAGGCGCUGUACCUGUUCAACACGCUGUUCAUGAGCGCUCGAUGGAAGGACCAGUUUGCUUCUAGGGAAACCCGCCAACAGAAGUUCUACUUGAACAGUACCACGCACGUCAUGGUUCCAACCAUGCACAGAAGGGGCUACUACAGGUGGAACAGUAACAAAAAACUUGGGUUCGAAAUCCUGGAGCUACCCUAUGAAGGAAACCGAUUCGCCAUGUACAUUAUCUUACCUCUCGAGAAGGACGGUCUUAGCAAGCUGGAGGAGACGCUCACGCCCGAGAGAACACUCCGUUUGGAGAAGGCAAUCACUAAGAUGAAGAAGGCCGCCAGGAGAGAGGUGUACCUACCUAAGUUCUCGAUGACACAGUCAUUCAGCAUGAAGUCAGCCCUACAGAAGUUCGGAAUCAAACGGUUGUUUGACGAGCAGAGGGCCGACCUGUCCGGACUGAUCAAAGGCGGCAACGUGCACGUCAACGAAGCCUUCCAUGAUUCCGCCAUCGACGUCACGGAGCGCGGGACGGUGGCAGGGACGUACAGCAAGAUGGGUUUCUACUACCUCUCCGCCAUCCCAGUCUUCAACGUCAACCGCCCCUUCAUGUACGUGCUGCGCGACACCACGACGGGCUUCAACGUGUUCAUGGGAAGGUGCAUUCGGCCGUGACGCAAGAAAAACAUUCCCACGGAACCCUGAUGACGUUCGCUCUCUUUGAAGCUGAAAUGUUUCCCCGACGGAAAUCUUGUGUGAAACGACAAGAGUUAUGUCAAAACAGCGUGAACUGCCCGCCGCCAUUGACAUGUGGUGGACUUAAAACUUGCAUCCGUCCUCACAAACGAACAGGGGACUUUGAGUGUACACAAUAGGAGAUCAAGUCUCUUGAAGACCAAAUGAAUGUGUUUAUAAUGUUUCGUACGUAUUGGAAACAGGUUAAAGCAUCACUUCCUAGUUUCGACAAGUUCCAGUCUCGCAGUCGGUUUAAACGUGAUGUAGAAUAUUUUGUAACCUGAAAGCAUUUGGGGGAAUGUGAAGUGGUUCCUCUGAAUGUCCUCUGCGGUAGUCAAUCGAUUACGUACGUGGCAGAUGACGUCACUAUGACGUCACUAAAAUGUUUUGUGAUUUCAUUCAUUGUAUCAUCAAAAUCCUACCGUUUUGAACGCGUAACCUGGCCCAUCGAGGCGUUUUCAUUGCAUGUUUACAAAUUAACUCAAUGCAUCUACUUUAUCAACAAGAUUUGCUGGCGAAGGGUCCUCUGUAUUGGAUGUCUAAACCAUCUAAAUUAAGCUACUAUCGUUAAACUCGUAUCCCAUUUGCAAAGCUGGAUGCUCAUGCUGUUGAUCACUGGCUUGUCCACUCGAGACUCGAUUAUUUACAGGCCGCCGCCACAUAGCUGGAAUAUUGUCUAUUGUCGUUAAAGGCGGUCUCCACCCCAUAGCUUUCUGUGUAAGGGUAUAAGAGGCUGAUACCACUUGUUUUAUACAAAAUGUUGCUUUACUAUCAUAGGCGAUUCCGUCGAAAUUAUUGCAUCAUAAAAACUUAUAUUGAAUGAGAAUGUGGUUGACACCAGUUUAAAAGAAAAACGGCAUCCACAUCUGAACUUAUCCAUGAUGGUAACGUAAGCCACAGUAAAGGAUGUACAAUCAUUGUACUAAGCCCGCUUUGAUGAACCUUGACUAAUUCGUGAAUUGCCUGCCGCCAAAGAGAAUACAUUCUCACAAUGGCAUAUGCAGGUCAUAGUUAAAGACAAUACUGAAAGGGGUUCUGACGUGGGCGACAGUUUCAACAACGCCCAGGUAUAUAUCAUACAGACUUAUCAUCUCUCUGAACACUGGAGAACUGAUUCUACCCGUGUAUAUAUUGAGAACAGCUGUAAAUAUGACUGCAUGUGUCCGAGUUGACCCAAACUUCCCAGCACGUUUGGAGUUUGUUGAACAUUAGUCGUCACUUUCCGUGACCUGCACGCACUAUAUUUUCAUCCGGUAUCAUUCGUGAACCACUCGCGUCUUUCCGUGAGAAGCCGGGGAAACGUGCACUUGUUGACAUGCUCCGGAAUGACCCGAGUGUCCUGAUGCUCCGGAAUGACCCGAUUGUCCUGAUAUUCCGGAAUGACUCGAGUGUCCUGAUGUUCCGGAAUGACCCGAGUGUCCUGACGUAACAUCAUGUCACGUUCUUCAAAUAGUUCAUGGCAUAGCAUUCAUAUCAUAAUAUAUUGACAGUGUCGAGCUAUAUUUCAUCGUAUUUAUUGUUUUGAUGUUUGUAUAAUUUUUGUAUAAUAUUCGAAUAAACAAACCUACACUUGUA